UUUUUUUAAUACACUAGUAGUACUCGAGACACGCACAAACUGAGGGUUUUUAGGGUUUCGAAAACGAAAUCGUUCCUCUCAACUCAUCUUCUCCUCCGUCACCAUGAGUAGAUCCGGUCAGCCUCCAGAUUUGAAAAAGUACAUGGACAAGCAGCUUCAAAUCAAGCUGAAUGCUAACCGUGUUGUGGUUGGGACUCUUCGUGGGUUUGACCAGUUCAUGAAUCUCGUGGUCGACAACACCGUUGAGAUGAAUGGAAAUGACAAAAACGACAUUGGCAUGGUGGUAAUCAGAGGAAACAGCGUGGUUAUGAUUGAAGCUUUGGAGCCUGUUAGUAAAGCACAGCAGUAGUUAAUUAAGGGAUUGUAUCUAUAGCGUGCUUGUCGUCCGCUAGCAAUUUAGCAUGUAGCUCUUUGACACUGACUUCUCACUAAUGAUAGCUGCUGCCUGCUGAUGAUGUUUGAUCAAUGAACAUAUUGAUACCUAACUCCUUAGUCCUUACUGCUGGUUAAUUAAGUUUUCAACAUGUAAUUGAUUAGGUUUAUUUCACUAAUGAUCAUGUUGUGUCGGGUCUUACAUCCUUUCUCAAAGCGGGAUAUCGACUUUGAACACUUAAUUUACUUAUCCAUGGUGGGUAACUAAUCGUAUUCCA